AUGAGUCCCACCGCUGCGGCCGCCAUCAUAGAGCUGUGCUCUAGAAGGCUCUUUGUAAGAGCACAUGCCGGCGCGGGUCGCGCCGCGCGGCGGUGCCGCAUCGCGGUCGGAUACAGCUUCAAGCCCAAACUUCAACCAAACUGCAACGUCUAA